CUCUUCGCCAUUCCUCUAAUGGCUGCUUCCAGGAAGGCUCUGUCACGUGGAACCUCUUAGCCUCAGCGAUCUGGAACUCCAGGAAGGGACUCUUUCGAAUCAGAAUUAUACGUAAAUCCUUUUUUUGAAACCGUCAGCCCUCAAGAUCCAGAUACCUGAAGAUCCCAACAUCAUGACCUCAGUUUCAACACAGUUGCUGUUGGUCCUCAUUUCACUGCUUUUGGUGCUGCCUGCUGUUGAAGCAGUAGAAGCUGGAGAUGCAGUCGCUCUCUUGUUAGGUGUGGCUCUCAGCAUUACAGGCAUUUGUGCUUGUUUGGGGGUAUAUGCGCGAAAGAGGAAUGGACAAAUGUGAUUUUGAUGGGCCUUGUGCAUCAAACCUUGCCUGGAAAACCUUUGUGUUAUUGAAGUUAAAAACUGAGCUUUAAUGUCUAAAAGUUCCCAAGAAAUAGGGUAUUUUCACAUUCUUGUCUCCCUGUAAAUUGGAACAAAUUAAUAUAUGUUAAAUGGGGAAAAAAAGUUUUCUUCACAACAAAUAAUGCACUGAAAAAAGCAGUCUGUAAUUCAUAUAUGCUAGUUAGAGGGUCAAAGAAGUCAGAUGACUGAAAUUUACAUAUUAUUUCAUAGUUUCUUGGGAUUCUCAAAGCGCAUGAAAUCGGAAGAAGGAAACCCUUGCCCAAAGUCCUAGGAAAUUGCCAAUUCCUCUAUCACUGAGGAGUCUUUUCUCCAUAUUUUUAUUAGAUUUUUGUUUUGUUAACUCCCAACUUAAUAUCAAAUACAGUCAGAAAUUAAAAUUUUUAUUUCUUGGGAGAGAUAAGAAAAAUGUAUUCAAUGUAUCUCAUGUUAAAAUGGAGACAAUAUUUAAUGUAAAAAAUAUAUUGACAUUGAAAUGGAGAAAUUUAAUGUUAAAAAAAAACCUUUGUAUUAACAUCUCUAUGAUGAGAAGUUACUAUAUAAAAUAUAAACUCAGUAUGUUGUAAGUUAA